AUUCAUCGACAGCCGGCUUUGUGUUUGUGUGCGUUUUCUAUCGAUAUAAAAUGCUAGACCAGGAGUUUUUUUCCAAUCGCUUCAGUUUAUAACAUUCGCUCAGAGAGUAGGAUGUACCGGUAUUGUAAGCGGAGUUAUUAAAGAUUUUAUACUGAUAAAGGAACAAAUUCCUCAGCGUUAUAUCUAUUGAUGUUUAUAAAGCAGCGCGCGGAUAUAUAGCGACUAUACAAUUUAAUAUUGUACGGGAAAUAUUUUCAAAAUAGCGCUAAAACGUGCAAACGUAAUACACAUGCGCGUAUGCAGAGAAAAUAAAUGUUCAUAUGAUAAAUGAAUGGUACCUAGCUACUGUGUAACUUUAAGUGUGUGAGGAUUUAAUAGACCACAGAGCUAUCUAGUUUAUCUUUUUUGUGGCUAAAAACGUGAAUGAAACGCGGUCUGAACUGAUUGAUUUUUGCUCGUAUAUCCUUUAUCACUAUACAGGUAUAUAUACUCCUUUUUUACUUUAAGGUUUGUCUUAUAAACAAACAGUGUGUAAUUAUUUCGGUGUAUUUCAGCAAAAUCCGGAUAAAACAUAUCUAGUGUAUUUACCGUGCGUUGAAUAGAUAGAUCAAUCUCUUCUCGACCUAAUUAUUCUGAAUUGGAGUUUACAAGAUUUAUUACUUACAUUUGUAAUGUAAAGAGUUUUGAUAUUGUAUCAAGGAAGUGGAUGUAAUAAAGACAGCGAAAUAAGAUGGUAAAUAGUAUGCUUUAAAUGCUUUAAACCCAGAUUAAUGCGUGGACUGUGUUAAUAUAUUUACGAACAACCUACAGGUCAUUGUUAUAAUCUAUAAUGUACUUACAUGGGUAUGAACUUAUUACUAUAUACAAUAUUGCGUUUACAAAUAUUUAAAAUCGAUUUUGUUUGCACCGUUUCGGUUAAUUGCCUAUUCAAAUAUACUAUCUAUAGAAAUACGGUUUACUAGUUAUAGUUCAUCAAACUGGAGUCGACACAGCACCGCGGAAGGCCGCGUAGACCGUAUCCACCCAGGCUUCUUUUUAAAAGAUCCCAGAGCAAGGGGACAAAUGUUGGAAUGGCGGAGGGGGCUCACGACAGGGACCCCCUCCCACCCGAUACGAGGGAGGAAUAUGACAAGACGGAGAAAUGGCUAGACGAGCACCCGGAUUUUGUACAUGAUUAUUUUGCUCGAAAAGCAAAGCGGAGUAUGGUGGAUGGGUGGCUUAUAUCGCAUGCAAUUAAACACACAGCCGGACUUUUGCAGUCCGACGGCAAUUCGUCGACUGGAUCGAAAAAUAACUCGAAAAAUAAUUCAGGAGCUAAUACACCUGUUCGAAAAAUAUCUGCCCAAGAAUUCGAAAAAGGAGGGAUUCUUAAUCCUAUGAUUAGUACGGUUGAAGGGGUACCGACGUUUUUAAGCCCGUCGCCGACGGCGCAGUCCCCUUCCCAAGGUAGGCUGCAAAGCAGGUCGCGAAACGAACUAAAGGAGCUAGAUGAAAAAGAGCUUAUGUAUGAGCUAGUUAUGGAUAUAUGCAAUGACCUGGAUGUAACUAGUUUGUGUUUCAAGAUAUUAAACAACUGCUGUACUCUGCUAAAUGCCGACAGGUGUUCAAUGUUUCUCGUGCAGGGCAAAGGUACAAAUGAAAAAUAUCUAGUUGCCAAACUAUUUGAUGUUAAUGGCGAGACCUCCCUUGAGGAGAUAUCAAAUGCAAAAGAGGAAAUUAGAGUAUCCUGGGGUACGGGCAUUAUAGGAUACGUAGCAAAAACUGGCGAGGUGCUCAAUAUUCCGGAUGCAUAUAAGGACCCACGUUUCAACGCUGAGAUAGACAUACGUAUGGGAUAUAAGACACAGAGCAUAUUAUCCAUGCCAAUCAAAGACAACGAAGGCGAGGUUAUAGGCGUGGCUCAAGCAAUCAAUAAGGUUAUAAAUAGAAACCUUCCAUUCGACGAACAUGAUGAGAAGGUAUUUGCAUCAUAUCUCGCCUUUUGUGGUAUUGGUUUAAAAAAUGCUCAACUUUAUGAAAGAUCUCUACUGGAGAACCGCCGGAGUCAGGUAUUGCUUGAUCUUGCACGUGUAAUAUUUGAAGAACAGAGUAACGUUGCGAACCUGAUUCAGAAGAUUAUGAUGCACACGCAGUCACUGUUACAGUGUGAAAGAUGUCAGGUGAUGCUAAUUGAUGAAUCGAGUAAGGUUAAGAAUAACAUGCGUAAGCCAGGGAGAGCAUCUAAAACGGGUAUUUUUUCUCAGGUAUAUGAUCUUGCAACAGAUGAUUUUGAUAACAGUGAAACUUACACACGAGAGGGUGCUAACAUAUUCAUUCGGAUGUUCAGACCCACAGAGCCUCGGUUUCCGAUUCAAAUUGGUAUAACGGGACAUGUGGCUUCAACUGGAGAGCCUUUGAACAUACCAGAUGCGUACAGUGAUCAGCGAUUUGAUCCAACGGCGGACGAAAAGACGGGUUUCAGAACGAAGUCAAUAUUAUGUAUGCCAAUCAAAAAUGCUGAGGGUCGUGUGAUGGGAGUUAGUCAACUCAUUAACAAAAAGGAUGGGACGCCCUUCACUAAAAACGACGAGAAUCUCUUUGAGGCAUUUGCAAUAUUUUGUGGAAUGGGAAUUUAUAAUACUCAGAUGUAUGAAACUACAGUCCGGGCCAGUGCAAAGCAACGGGUAGCUAUAGAAGUCUUAUCUUACCAUGUGUCCGCACCAUCCGACGAAUGCGCAAAACUAAAGAAUGCAGUUAUACCAUCCUGUCAAGACUACCGUCUGCUCGACUAUGAUUUUAAUGAUAUAGCUCUAGAUGAUGACGAUACGAUAAAAGCUAGCAUUCGAAUGUUUGUAGACUUGGACCUUCUCGAGAAAUUCAGAAUAAACUACGAUACACUGUGCAGAUGGUUGUUAUCUGUGAAAAAGAACUACCGAAAUGUAACAUAUCACAAUUGGCGGCAUGCAUUUAAUGUGGCACAAACCAUGUUUUGCUGUCUCAAAAAAGGUGAGCUGGACAAUGUUUUGAGUGACGUAGAGAGUCUAGCCCUUGUUGUUGGCUGUUUGUGUCAUGACUUGGACCACAGAGGAACCAAUAACCAAUUUCAAAUCAAAACCAUGUCUGCUCUGGCAGAACUAUAUUCUACCUCAACUCUGGAACACCACCAUUUUGACCAGUGCAUAAUGAUAUUAAGUACAGAGGGCAAUGAAAUUUUCUCUGGAUUGUCUCAGGAAGAAUACGAGUCAGUUAUAGGUUUACUGGAAUGUGCAAUACUCUCUACAGAUCUGGCAUUAUAUUUCAAACACCGAGGAGAGUUUUUCCGGUUGGUGGAAGACGAAACUACAGACUGGGAUACGGACGAACAUCGUGACCUCCUAAGAUCUAUGAUGAUGACAGCGUCCGAUGUAUCGGCUAUAACGAAGCCAUGGGAUGUUCAAAAAAGGAUUGCUGAUUUGAUAGCUAACGAAUUCUUUGAGCAGGGCGACCUUGAAAAGUUACAGCUGAAAAUAAAACCAAUUGAAAUGAUGGAUCGGGAUAAGAAAGACAAAUUGCCUGUAAUGCAAGUUAGUUUCAUAGAUGCAAUAUGCUUGCCGAUCUACAAGGCUAUUGCAAAAGUUUCACCCAAGCUACAACCACUCUUAGAUGGGUGCCAGAGGAACAGAGACAACUGGGAAAAGAUGGCCAAGAACAUAGAUAAAGUACAAGUCGACGAAAACGAACGAGAAACGGUCAAGCCACACAGCUGACAUAAACUGAAAUGUGUGCUUAUAUAACGUUCACGUUAUAGCACAUAGAUAUAGCGCAUUUACAUUAUAUAGUUUUCAAAAAGUGAUAUUUCAGGAAUGAACACGCAAUGAAAAGUUGUUCAUUGACUGAGUAAUUUCUGAAGAACACAAAUCUAUUUUACCCAUAUCAAAGUCCUACUCAUUUCUCUGUGUAAUACAAAGCAUAAUUAAGUCCAUUCUGUUGAACUACAUAUAAAUUCUACUAAUUCUAUAAGAAUUUUGUAGAGUUGAACAUACAUAUCUCUAUGGGUAAUAUUAUCCUAAUGUCUCAGCAGCCUUAUUAAACAUAAAUAUCAAUCAUAUAAUACACCCUCAAUAGACAAAGGCUGUAUAAAGACACUUAACUUGAACAAAUGAUAUUCUUAGCCGAAAUAAUGAGAAAUAGUGAUCCUUUAUUAGUUGUCAGUUUCAUUUAAUGAUAUUUGCGUAUUGCUGUUGUGUGUAGCACAUAGAGCAUUAUGGUUUACCCAAAACAUACAUGUAUACUUGUGUACAUAUUAUUGUCUAUUAUGCAGCAUAUUGAAGGUUGUUAUACUUUAAGUGUUGUAAUUCUAGCGACUUUUAUCUUGAAACUUGUUUGUACAUUUUAUAGCAUCAAGCAUGCACAUGUUUUGUUCAAAGCAUAAUUCUGUGAUAUAAAGAACACCGAAGGAGAUUUUUAAAUGGUUAAUGAAAUUAAACAGGUUAUACGUUUUAUGAUAAAAGUUUUAGCAAUAUGUCUAGGGGUCCCAAUGAAUGUGCGCCACAACAAAAACGCACUUAUUUUUAUUCGUAUUUAGCCUGGGAAUCCAGUCUGACAAUUUCUAACUUUUUUCUACCAGCAAAUUGACAAUUGAUAAUAUCAGAAACUCGAUGAAUGCCAAUUAACACUAAGUUGGAUCUUUAAAUAAUGCAUAGAUAUUCGGUAUGAUUUCUUCUUACAAAGCACGAAAAUUAUCAACGAAUUCCCAGGCUAAUUUGUACUAAUAACUUGCACAUUGGAAAAACAGUGUCUAAUUAAGAAUGAGCAGUAUUACACUGCAGAGACUUUAAUGUUGUAAUUAUAUUUUUGUGUUUAAUGGAAGCAAUGCUCGUAAAAGGAAACAAAGAAAUGUCUCCAGUGAAAUACUGUUGCAAAGUUCUAAAAGGAAAAGAAACGGCAGAAAUCGGUAACAAAUUUUUCAUACACCAAAUCAUUGUAGACACCUAGAAUUUCUUACGAUUAGGCCAUCAAUAUGUGUUUGUCAUGAAAAGAAUUUUGUACAAAAUGUACUUUUAUCAGGAUUUCUUCUUCAUGUGAACUUUAUUUUAUAUUUGGCAUUAAUUAGCCACAAACAUUAUUUACUUAUAUAGUGCAAACUGUUGCACGAAAAUAAAUUUGAAAUUUCUCCUUCCAUAUGGUUGUUAGUCAAAGAUAAACUAAAUAUUAGAUUAAAUAUAUUAAACAUCACUCACUUGGGAAGUUCAAACUAGAUUAUUGUCAUGGUAUAAGUCGCAGAUGCUAUGAGAAAAUAGUUGUUGUAUAUUUUAGAUAAUAAGUCAUAUGUAAUUCAAUAGAAAGUAUUGUGGAACAAGAUCUAAGCAACAGCCUGUCCACUUUGCAUGUAUACUCAAGAAAAGAAGCAGUAAAAGAAGUAUCUCUCUUUACUUCUACUGUGGCGUGGGUAUUUAUAACUAGAAGCGCACAUAACGCAUUGAAAACGUGUAUUGAAGUGUUUCAACAGUCCUUAAUCAUCUUUAUUAUGAUGUUUAGGUAAUUUUGAAUAAGACUAUGAUAUUUUAGAUGCCUACUUUAUCUGUGAUAGUAAUGCAAAGAAAUCCAUGUUGUUGUUGAUGUUUUUAUAACCGCUACCAUUUUAAAAGAGGUAUGACACGUUAAAGAAAAAGGUACCUUAGGUUGUGUUUUAUUCAAAUUUGUUUUUAUUUUCAAUAUUACGUUUACCUUCAUGCUAUACAAAUGUGACCUUCUAUUGAGAUAAAGUGUAUAUCGAUAAUCAUUUAUGUGGAGGGUUUUCGUAACUUCUGAAUAUAUACAGUGUUUUUACAGAAAAUAAAAAAGGGAAAUUAGGAAUUGAUACAGACGAAAGUAAUACAUUAUCAGAAAUGUCUUUCAGUUCAAAAGGACGUCCAUUUUGAAGAUCAACAUUUCGUCAAAAGAGUUUCAGUUUAUCACAAAACUGCCGUUAUGAUUUUCAGACCACCUAUUCAUGACGCCAUGAAUAGUAUGGGUCUAUAAAGCUGAACGACCUAUUUUAUCAUCUAAGUAUAACUGUGUAAAUGGUCAAGGUUUUAUCAUUUUGCUUUUCUUUUUUCUAAAUUGGUACAAAUGCACGAAAUAUUUUCAUACAGACAUACUUAUCACGUACAAAGUUAAAGAUCUGUAAAAUACUUAUAUGUAUCAGGUACGAAAUAAAAGUCCUAAAAAAACUUUAUUUUACCAAACAAUCUGGAAAUAGAAUUAUGUUUUGGAGGGGAAGUAAAGUUACUUAAUUUGAUGUCAUUGUUUGUUAUGCUUGCAUUAGAAUGUUGUUAAAUUGCUUUCAUGUAAAUGUGCAUUGCAAUUUCUGCAACUCGAGACCCAGUAUAAAGAUAUUAUUUUACAUGACAAUACUCAAAUUUAGUCUUCACAUUUACCAUUUGUUUUUUCGGUUGUUUACUAUAACAGUGUUUUUGUUAAAUUAAAAUAUAAAUACAUUCAACGUCUGAUAUAUGGCGAAAACAUAAAACCCAACUGAGUUAACAUUCAAAUUAUUACUGUGAAAUCAUUUAUAUUCGUGGUGGACUAAUUUUCGUGGAUUUCGUGGUUGAGUCAAUCCACGAAAUUUAAUCCCAACGAACAAGUAAAAUUCCCAUUCAUUUUUUGUUCUGAAGUUGAAAUCCACGAAUUCUUAUCCCCACGAAAUUGCCGUUUUGACCAAAAUCAUGAAAUUUCAUGCCCACGAAAUUAAAUGAUUUUACAGUAUCUGUAUUUGUUUGUUAAACUCAUAUUGCUAAUUUUACUUACAAGCAUUUGAAAACGCCACAUAUGAUGACAAUGGGGGCACCUUUACCUUAAAAUCUAAUUUGUUAUGAUUUUAGGUUACUUUUUAAUGAGAAUGAUAUUUACAUAUUGAGUGCACCCAUGUGAUAUUUUAGGUUUGUAUGUUUCUUUAUUUAAAAAAAAUUAACAAAGCAUUUGUGACAUUAUCUUCCUUAGCAAACAUUUGAAACUGUGUAAAAUGUACACAUUUUUUAUUUUCUUUUAUUAAAAAUGCGGACCAUAUCUUGUUUUUUUUUCGUAAUUUACAGCUGAACUUAUUACGGCACAAGACAGUUAUACCGGCAAAUACUUAAAUUCGUUUUUAGCUCACCUGUCACGUUGUGACAAGGUGAGCUUUUGUGAAAAAGCUAUUCAUCCGUCGUACGUCGUCCGUCCACAAUUUCUUGUGAACACGAUAGAGACCACAUUUUGCAAUCGAGUUUUAUCAAACUUGCACACAACUUGCAUUGACAUAAUAUCUCGGCUCUGUUUGAAUACUGGCUAAAUCCCUUCAUGGGUCAUGGGUUUAAGACUUAUGGCCCCUUAAAGGGCCAAAAUUUGCUAUUUUGACUUUUGCAGCCAUAUAGAGACUUCGUUUAUGGUUUGAUUCGAUGCAAACUUGCAAAAUAUUUUUAACCCUUAGAUUCCAUGAUGAAUCCGUCAGAUCCAAUCAUACGUUCCGGAGUUACGGCCUCUGAUUGAUCCUUGGAAGAGCCAAAAUUUGUGAAUUAUUUCUUUGCGAACAAGAUAGAAGUGACAUUUUUACCUGAAAGGGGCAAAAUUGUCUAAUUGAAACUUUCAGCCAUUUAGAGGUUUCAUUUUUGCUUUGAUUUGAUACAACUUUGCGCAGAAUAUUCAUCUUGAUGAUCUCUAGACUAAGGUCGAAACUGUGUCAUGUGGGGUCAAAAACUAGGUCACCAUCAAAUCAAAGUGAAAGCUUGUUAACACUCUUGAGGCCACAUUUAUGAUCCUGUCUUCAUUAAUCUUGGUUAGAAUGUUUAUCUUGAUGGUUCCUAUGCCAAGUUUGAAACUUGGUCAUGUGGGGUCAAAAGCUCGGUCGCCACUCAAAUCAGAGGUUAGAGGUUUCAUUUAUGCUUUGAUUUGAUACAACCUUGAGGAGAUUAUUCAUCUUGAUGAUCUCUAGACUAAGGUCGAAACUGUGUCAUGUGGGGUCAAAACCUAGGUCACCAUCAAAUCAAAGUGAAAGCUUGUUAACACUCUUGAGGCCACAUUUAUGAUCCUAUCUUCAUUAAACUUGGUCAGAAUGUUUAUCUUGAUGGUUCCUAUGCCAAGUUUGAAACUUGGUCAUGUGGGGUCAAAAACUCGGUCGCCACUCAAAUCAGAGGUUAGAGGUUUCAUUUAUGCUUUGAUUUGAUACAGCCUUGCGCAUAAUAUUUGAUGAUCUCUAGACUAAGUUCGAAACUGGGUCAUGUGGGGUCAAAAACUAGGUCACCAUCAAAUCAAGGGAAAAGCUUGUUAACACUGUAGAUGCCAUAUUUAUGACCCAAUCUUCAUGAAUGUAUGUUUAUCUUUAUGCCAAGUUUGAAGGUACAAAAUAAUUUUACACAAAUUUUUCUUGGGUGACCCUUUACAAAGAUUGUACAAAUUACUCUGUUUCAUCAAAUAGCAUUGCCACUAGUAUGUGUGGUCACUUUAUCCCUUAUUUAUGAAGUGGAAACUUUAAAAAUCUUCAUGUUUGAUAUUGUCAUAUUACAUUAUUCCCCAAUGACUUACCCCACCUCUACCUCCCUCCCCAUUCCCCCCUACCUCAACAUACACAUACACAGUACCUGCCUGUAUAUAUUUAGAAUAAACUUUUAAUUGUUCAAGCAAGCAACUAAACUCAGGUGAGCGAUACAGGGCCAUCAUAGCCCUCUUGUUUGUAAAAUGUAUUGAAGCAAACCAAUACAUGUAUAAGGGUUCUUUUAAUAUGUAUGUCUUAUUUUGUUCUUUUCGUUAUUUGAAAUUUUUCAAACAAUUGAUCGUAUAAAAAUUUUAUAUAUUUGUGUCACUAUGUUUGUAGAUUGUAAAAAACUGAAUAAACAUAAAACUUU